AUGAAUCAUCCUCAGCCCCCGCAGCCCCAAGACCCAUCGGACCCCCAACUCCCCAACAUCAGAAUCCACCACCCUAAUUCCCCACGCCACCACCCUAACUCUCCACGUCACCACACCUCAUCCGCAGGCUCCGCCGCCACUCCCACCCCCACCGCGGGCGCCCGCCGAAAGCUCGGCGUCGCCGUCGACCUCUCCGACGAGAGCGCCCAUGCCGUCCGCUGGGCCGUCGACCACUACAUCCGUCCCGGAGACGCCGUCGUUCUCCUCCACGUCAGCCCCACCUCCGUCCUAUUCGGCGCCGACUGGGGCUCCGUCGACCUCUCCAUCAAUACCAACGACGACGUUGACUUCGUCGACAACCACGCCUUAAACGACUCCGUCAAGCAGAAGAAGCUCGAGAACGACUUUGAUGCCUUCACUGCUUCCAAGGCCGCCGAUCUCGCCAGGCCCUUGAAGGAGGCUCAGAUUCCCUUCAAGAUCCACAUCGUUAAGGACCAUGACAUGAAGGAGAGGCUGUGCUUGGAGGUCGAGAGGCUAGGGCUCAGUGCCGUGAUCAUGGGGAGCCGAGGGGUUGGCGCCGCGAAGCGUGGGAAUGACGGUAGGCUUGGGAGUGUGAGCGAUUAUUGCGUUCAUCACUGUGUUUGCCCUGUUGUUGUUGUACGGUUUCCGGAUGAUGACAAUGGUGCCGGUGCUGGUGCUUCUGCUGUUGCUCCUGCUGCUGUUGUUGCGGUUAAAGAGGAUGAGGAGGAAGAAGCCGUGAUCAAGCCAGUGGUAAAGGACGAGCAUAAAAAAGAUGCUUAG